AUGGCUUUGGAACAGUCUAGUCCAGAGAACUCAGGCAAGCGCAAGAGGGAUGAUGACAUCAAGGACGAAGACGAGGAAUCCCCGCUGUUCUUGAGCGAAGGUGUUGCUGACGAAGGUGUUGAAGUGGACGAUGCGGACAAUACAUACAACGAGACCAAAGAGCCAUUUCCCCAUUGCGCAGCGUACGACCAGCGCUCUGCAGAGAUCCAUGCAAGGAUGGAGAGCUUUUCCCGAGAGGUCGGCUGCGUGCUGCGGCAAUCAGUGUGCCAUACCGAAUUUGUGGCAGAAAUGCGGGAUGCGGCGACGACGCUCUCAAGGAUCCCAGAUGCGAAGCGCCCAGUCAUCGGACUUCUAGCCGACACGGGCCAAGGCCACUCGCUCAUCAAUUCCAUCGUGGACAUUCCGAACCUAGCCAAGGCUAUCGACCUCGGCGAGAGUUGCACCUACGUUGCUAUGCUUUACCAUAAAGCAGCACCGACACAGGUCAAGAAGUUCUCAGCAACAGUGGAGUAUUUUCCACUCGACAUUAUUUCCAAGUUGCUAUCGAACGCCCUCGACGAUUGGGAAAUCUGGCACUUCCACCGCGAUUCGGAGUGGGAUCCUGCGCAGCGCGACCAGCACCAGCUACGAGCCAAGACGUGCCUCAGCAUCUUCCGUGCAAUCUUCUGCACAAACACCCAAGAUGCGCUGCGCGAGCUGGUCGACCCUCUCAUCUCUGCGGGAUCCAACGUCACCCAAAAAACCCUUUGGCCGCUGGUAAAGCAAGUUUCAGUCGGGAUACGUGGAUCUCGCUUCACAGAUCGAUUCUCCGUUUGUGAUUUGCCUGGAAUAUCAGACACGAACCAAGUCCGUGUGAGAGCAACUUACGAGCAGAUCGAUCAUUGCGAUUAUAUUUGGAUCCUGAGCCGCGCAGGGCGCAUCAUUACCGAUACCGUCCUUGAUGGUCUUCUUCAACGGUACGGCAAACUGCACAGAGGGUCUCUCGCUGUUGUGGUCACAAAGUCGGACGAAAACGUGAACCGCAACGUCGCAACGGAGCUCAGCAGGCGUGGGUACUCCCUGGAAGACUACGAGAGCUUGAAGGCCGCCAGUGACGACGUGAAAAAAGGCCUUGAUGCGCUGGUAAAAGCCAAAGGGCGAGGACGGAAGACGCCGGCUGAGAAAAUGCAAUUGCAACUGCAAAUCGAUACAGCUACGGACACCUGGACCAGUCUGGAAUCGCGAUGCUUAAGCUUGACGGUGCAGGCGCGCAAUCAGCAUAUUGUGGAUGGUCUUCGUAAAGAGAAGCAGCAUCAUCUACAUGAAGGCAUGACUCUCGAUGUUCAUUGCGUCUCGAAUCUCCACUAUGCUGCACACAAAGGCGAUGCAGAAGUUACUGGCGCUCUCCUGGAGCCGAAAGCCACCGGCAUUCCGCGCCUUCGAGAAGCGGCCUUGCGGAUGGCAGCACCAAAUGCCAUGCGAACCCUCGACGAUUUCGUCAAUCAUGAAUUCGAUGUCUUCUUCCAGGGGCUGAACAUCUGGGUGAAUCAACCACAGUGGGUGGAAAGUAGACAAGAACUCAUCGCCGUCGUGCAAGAACCUCAAGCGACCGUCGACAUCUUGCUGAGAAAAUACAAAGAUACCGUUGUUGAUACAGCCCAGACUGACAUUGUCGACACAUUCAAUGAGAGUCAAGAUGAGUACGUCUCCGGCGCACUAGCUGUGCUGGAGAAACUAAAACCGGCCGCAUGGGGUACGUUGAAGGCCUUCCUCCGCAACUACGGCACCCACAAGACUUCAGCUAUGCCAUAUCAGUCUUGGAACCAGCAGUUCUCUGCUGCAGCUUGUGAGACGAUUGCAGAACUCGUGGAGGAUUUCCAGGAGGAGCAGGCGUCUCUCGUCAACGAGAUGCAAGAAGACUUGAUAACAAAGGUGGAGGGUGUUCUUGAAACCCUUCGCAGCAAGCCAGGAACCGUGGGCCUUCCGAUGAGGACCUUCAGAGACGCCAUCGCCGCUAAUGUGCGUGGCAUUAGGAACAUCUUCAGAGACUCGCAAGAAGAGAUGGAGGCACGGUGGAACCUAACGGGCCAGCGCUCACCGUUCGCCGUCCUUGCCACCAAGCUCAAGAACGAGAUCGCGGACGCUGCUGAAGAGCAGACGAGCGACCUGCGAACCAAGCUGCAGAAGGUCCUCAGAACGAUUGAGCAGCAGUUUCGGUCCGCGAUCACUAUCAAGAAGCUCGAGGAGCCAGAGAUUCCGAUCCGCGACGCGCUUGAGGAGUUCCUGAUUGACGGUAACGUCAAGUUCGCCGCUAUCCAGAAAGACCUGAAGGAUCUGAAGCUUGCAUAUGGAGAUUGA